AAACAAGCGAGCAGUGAGCAAUAAGUGCGAAUAAUAUUGCAAUUAUUUAACUGAAAAGUGCGCUAUGCCCAAAGAAAAGUAUUCCAAUACCUGGAUGGCGGGAGAUACUGGUAACCAACCCAAUAAUUCUGGAGGACAAGGCAGGAAAAAAGUAAGGACACACAUAAAGAAUAUUGAAGAUUUUCAGACACAGCGCGAGGAUGUCAAAAAAGAAAAUGACAAGUCGAAAACGAAUUUCUUCCAUCGCAACAAAAAUAAUCGCAACAAAAAGGGGAAUUUCCUAAAAACAAUGCAAAAUGCCAAAGGGAAGGCAGUAAAUGCGAAACCUGAACCUACUGUAGCUAAUGGAAAAGCAGGAGCUAGUGUGGUGCAAGGCACUACUGUAACUAAUGAGGGGAAAGGGGUGGCUAAAAAAGCUAAUGCGGACACUACUAGACUUGUCACAACUAAAGCCGCUACUGAACCCACUGCAGCCAAUGGAACUAGUGUAGGGAAAGGCACUUGUACGACUACAGGAACUACUGUAACUACAGAGGCUGGCAAAUCAAAUUCAGAGUCAAAUCAAACCGGCCAACAGAAAGCUGGCGUCAUAAAUAAAUGGUUUCCGGGCACAACACACGAUUCUGCUGCGGCUGCUACAUUGAAUAAGACACGGGGCCGAAAGCCAAAGACAAAGAUGGAAAUUGAAGCUGCUGAAAAAAAGGAAACCGUCAAUGAAAUACCUGUCCCACAAACUGAAAGUGAUGUGGAGCUAUCUGCAGCUGGCAGGAAGAAGCGUGGUCGCAAACCGAAGCAGAAAAUUCAGCUAAAUGCCAACCCGGAGUGUGAAAUAGAAGUCGAGUUUGUAAACAAUGCUGAUGUUAAGCAAAAAGAGCCAGCUAUACAAAAACCAAUACAAAAUGUUUUACCCAUCAAUGAUAGUUUCGAGGCCUAUUUGCAGGAAGUUGAAUUGAAACGGCAGUUGCAGAAAGAUCGCUCCAAAGCUCAAAAGAGUCAAGAGCGAACGACCCCUUUUAAAAAUAGCUUUGAGGCCAUUUUACAGGAGGUGGAAAAAAAGUGGCCGCCCAAAAAACCGCCAGCUCCAACGGCAACUCCAACUCCGACGCCAACUCCAGUUCCACUCUCAACAGCAGCACAAAAGCCAAUACCUUCCCACUGUAGACAGCCGGUCAACAAUGUAAUGCCGAAACCAUCCAAUGCCUCUGUAGCCUUGCCCAAUCAACAGAGGGAGGUGUUGUGCAAGCCCAAUCUCGAUGUGGAGAAAGUGCCAGCAGCUGCUCAAGGGACGGGAAAUAAUGUUUACAACAUUUUUAAUCAGAACUACAACGCCGUGAAUUUUACACAAAUCGAUCAGAUGAAUCCUCAAUUCACAUACAAUUUCAAUAAAAUGCAACCCUACAAUGUAGAUGGAAUAAAUAAUGCGGCAUAUCCCAGGCGCACCUACACAAAAGUGCCCGGCGUUACGGGGGAGGAAAUCCCACUGAGCUAUGUGACGGAGCCCAAUGGUCAGAUAACCAACGUAACCAUGUUCCCACCAAUACAAAACACAUUACCAGCGCCCGGCAUCGAUGGCAGUCCGGGCUUUAACUUUAGUUCUCAUAUAAGUUCGAAUAUCAAGAACCCGCUCAUCAUUAAUACUGCCAACCUAACGGCUGAGCAAAUUAAUCAAAUAAUGAAAAUGGGAUCACCUUGUUUCACCAUCAACCACGCGGGACAAACCGUCCCCUUGCAGUGCAUUUCGGAAGGCACAGCGGCACAGGCUGGACAACAACGCUUUAGCGGACCAGUGCAGGAGCCAGCCGUGGAGGAUGAGGAAGUGGACUAUGAAGAAAUCGGCGUAGCAGAUACAUAUGCCGAGUAUUGGCCAAGCAAGUUGAAGGUCGGGGUGGCACAUCCCGAUGCCGUGGUGGAGACUGCCUCUCUGUCCUCUGUAGAGCCGCCAAAUAUUUUCAUAAAGCUUGCCCUGCCUACUAAGGUACAAGUCUCGGGCUGCCUGAGUGCCCUGCAACUGGAGGCCGUCCUCUAUGCCUGUCAGGCCCAUGAGCGCUUCCUGCCCAAUAAGGUGCGUGCUGGAUUUCUUCUAGGCGAUGGCGCCGGCGUGGGCAAAGGACGCACCAUAGCAGCGAUAAUAUAUGAGAAUUAUUUGUGGGGGCGCACGAGAGCUCUCUGGAUCUCGGUGUCCAGUGAUCUGAAAUUCGAUGCGGAGCGCGACUUCCAGGACAUUGGAGCGCAUGCCAUUCAAGUCGUGACACUGAACAAGUUCAAGUACAGUCGCAUCAGUUCCGCCGAGAACGAGUAUUUCAAGCAAGGCGUUAUUUUCUGCACCUACACGGCCCUGAUUGGUGAGUCCCUAACCGCCAAGGCCAGGUAUAAAACGCGCCUAAAGCAGCUGGUCAAUUGGAUGGGCAGCGAUUUCGAUGGCGUCAUCGUAUUCGAUGAGUGCCAUAAGGCCAAGAACCUCAGUCUCGUGAAUGUGGGAAAGUCCACAAAGACGGGCAGUACGGUAUUGGAACUUCAGAAUAUGCUCCCCAAGGCCCGUGUUGUCUACGCCUCGGCUACUGGAGCUUCGGAGCCGCGCAAUAUGGCGUAUAUGGUACGUUUGGGACUCUGGGGCCAGGGCACUGCCUAUCCGGAAUUCUUCGACUUUGUCACGGCAGUGGAGAAGCGUGGCAUUGGCGCUAUGGAAAUAAUUGCCAUGGACAUGAAAUUACGCGGCGCCUACAUUGCCCGGCAGCUCAGCUUCAAGGAUGUCAGCUUUCGCAUUGAGGAGGUGCCGAUGUCGCGAGAAUUCCGCAAACUAUACAAUCAUGCCGCCGAGUUGUGGGCCGAAAUAAAUAGGAAAUUUCAAAAGGCCUGUCGCUUCAUGUGCAUAGAGAACCGCAUCCAGAAGAUAAUCACAUGCCAAUUCUGGUGUGCACAUCAACGCUUCUUCAAGAACCUCUGCAUUGCCUCAAAGGUCACCCACGUCGUUAAAAUGACGCGCCACGCCCUGCGCAUGGGCAAGGCUGUGGUCAUUGGUCUGCAAUCCACGGGAGAAUCUCGUACACUGGAGCACUUGGAUCGGAAUCAGGGUGAGCUGCGUGGCUUUGUGUCGACGUCCAAAAUGAUUGUGCAAACGUUCGUGGAGAAGCAUUUCCCAGCACCAAAGCGGGAAAAUUUCCAUAAACUGAUCAGCACGGGCAGAUUCGAGCCGGAGUCGCGCAACAGGCCACCAGCUUCAAAGCGGCCGCGCAUGAAUCCCGACUGGUUCGAUGACGAUGAUAUGGACGCGGAAGCGGACGAGAGCGAUAUAGAACUGUUCGAUUCAGCCUAUAAUAUGGAUGAUGAAGAUGAAGAGGAUGUGCCCAAGGUGGGGAAAAAGCGACGCGGGCGACCGCCAAAAGCAGACAAGGUCGAAAAAGUGACCGUUCAGGAUCGGAUUUUGAUGCAUCUUCACCAAAACCUGCACUCCAAAAAUCAAGCAGAGCCGUCGUACACCUCCGAAAAUACAAAGCAUCCCAAGGCUAACAUCACAGAGCGGGACGUCGAUCGUUGCAUCUCGAUGCGUGAGCAUUUGCUCGAAAGAAUUGAAAGACUUGGUCGCAAGCUGCCAGCCAACACGCUGGAUAAGCUUAUCUUUGAUUUGGGCGGCACCAAGGUGGUGGCAGAGAUGACAGGAAGGCGUGGUCGUAUAAUUAAAACCGAGUCCAACACCUACGAAUACGUGCAGCGCUGCGAAAUCGACACGUGCAUGGAUCUGGUCAACUAUCGGGAAAAGGGCCGCUUUAUGGAUGGCGAUAAGCAUGUCGCCAUUAUUUCGGAGGCAGCGUCCAGCGGCAUUUCGCUGCAGAGUGACAAACGGGUCUCCAAUCAACGACGACGUCUGCACAUCACUCUCGAACUGCCUUGGUCGGCGGAUCGGGCCAUUCAACAGUUUGGACGCACACAUCGCUCCAAUCAGGUCAACUCGCCGGAGUAUGUGUUCCUCAUCACCGAUUUGGCCGGCGAGCGUCGCUUCGCGGCCACGGUGGCAAAGCGACUGGAGAGCUUGGGCGCCCUAACACAUGGAGAUCGGCGAGCCACCGACGCACGCGACCUCUCGCAAUUCAAUAUUGACAAUAAUAUUGGGCGCAACGCCCUUGACUGUGUAAUGCAAGAGAUAACCGGCGAGAAGGAACUGGAUCGCGCCCAUGUCCCCAAUUUCUAUAAAGGCAACUUCUGCUGGGACUGUAGCACGGCUAUGGCGGGCGUGGGAAUGAUUGGAAUGCGCAACGAGAACAAUUCGACCAACUUUGUGAUUGAAAAGGACAGCAAUAAUGUGUCCAAGUUUCUCAAUCGCAUCCUCGGCUGCCGCGUUGAAGUACAGAAUGCACUCUUUAAGUUCUUUAUGAAUAAAAUGUUUACACUGAUCAUGCAAAUGAAGCGCGCAGGUCGAUUUGAUCUUGGCAUAUUGGAUCUUGAUGCUCAUGGUGCUAGUGUGACGUCAGUCAAGCUGCUGCGUUUUAUACGUCAGCAUGCUACUGGAACCGCUGCUACGGAACUGCACACAGUUAAGGUGGAACGAGGUCUGGCCUUUGAGACGGCACUACAAAAGCUGCGAAAGGAGAAACGUUACGAGUACGAGGGCUUCUAUGUGUUGAAGGUGCCGCGCAACAAUAAAAACUGUGCCAUUCUCUGUCUGAGUGCGCGACCAGAUGUGCCCGGAGAGACAUCCACGAAGAAGAUUCAAUUGCAAAUCUAUCGCGCCAACACAGGACCCCAGGUUCGCACCGAGUUCAUGAGCUCCAUUACAAACCGUUACCUCCAGGUGGUGCCCGAAACAGCCGAACAUUUCUGGCGCCGGCAAUACGAAGUGUGUGUGAACUUUUGCUCGCAUUACUAUUGGAGCGGUGUGUGUCCCUUCUCCAAGGGUUGCGAGGUUGGGUUGCGCGUGCGCACCUAUCAUGUGCUCUCAGGACUGAUGCUGCCCAUUUGGGAUCGCAUUGAGCAGGUCAUUGAGAUGAGGGGCCACAAAAUACAAAUGAUACGCUUCAAAACGGAUGUGAAUAAGAAAAUUGUGGGAACUGUGGUGCCAAAUGCCGUCUAUAACUAUCUGGUUGUUGACCUAUCUAAUGAUUCCACUGUGGAGGAGGUCAACUUUAGCUAA